AUGAGUCCUGUUUUGAGUCGACUCAAACCGCGUGUAAUGAGUCACAAUGACGUCAUGUGGCUACAGGUGGGUGGCAAUGACGUCAUGUGGCUACAGGUGGGUGGCAGUGACGUCAUGUGGCUACAGGUGGGUGGCAGUGACGUCAUGUGGCUACAGGUGGGUGGCAGUGACAUCAUGUGGAUGCAUGUGGGUGGCAGUGACGUCAUGUGGAUGCAUUUGGGUGGCAGUGACGUCACGUGGAUGCAGGUGGGUGGCAGUGAUGUCAUGUGGAUGCAUGUGGGUGGCAGUGACGUCAUGUGGAUACAUGUGGGUGGCAGUGACGUCAUGUGGAUGCAGGUGGGUGGCAGUGAUGUCAUGUGGAUGCAUGUGGGUGGCAGUGACGUCAUGUGGAUGCAUGUGGGUGGCAGUGACGUCAUGUGGAUGCAUGUGGGUGGCAGUGACGUCAUGUGGAUGCAGGUGGGUGGCAGUGAUGUCAUGUGGAUGCAUGUGGGUGGCAGUGACGUCAUGUGGAUGCAUGUGGGUGGCAGUGACGUCAUGUGGAUGCAUGUGGGUGGCAGUGACGUCAUGUGGAUGCAUGUGGGUGGCAGUGACGUCAUGUGGAUGCAUGUGGGUGGCAGUGACGUCAUCACCUUGUGUGCAAUUAAAUUCGCUUCAGAUGUCUCUCAACAUAUUAUAGUAAACAACACCAACAACACCAACAACAACAACAACAACAACAACAACAACGACAACGACAACGACAACGACAACGACAACGACAACGACAACGACAACGACAACGACAACGCCAACGCCAACGACAACGACAACGCCAACGACAACGACAACGACAACUUCACGGUCGAUUGUAGCAGCCUGUGGCCACUUAUCUGCUAA